AUGGACCUGUUUCGACAGGCUUAUACUUCACCUGCCGAAAGUAUCUCGCCUCACCCUACGUUCGAGACCUUGCAAGAUGCAAUUGUCCGGGAGAUCAAUUCCCACGAAGCUUUCCGAGGCCCUCCCCCAGAGAUGAGCCUCCCGUUCACAUCGACGUCGUCUCAGGACUCGCUUGGUGGAGAGCAGCUUCCCACGCAAGCAGAUCUCACCAGAAACGUCCCUGCUAAAGAAGUGAAAGAGAGCCAAUUUUCUAGGUUAAUCAGGCGCACCUCCUCCAAGAAAGAUCGGAAAGGCUCGGAGUGCAAAAGCAUAUCAGCCAACGUUCCUUCCGUUGCAUUUGGCCGAGGAUCCCGGACAGUGCGACGAAGGCACACAGACGCUCCUCCUCCGACUCCUGGGCUCCUGAACGCAAAACAAUCAGGAACUACCACAAGCACCAGCCAACCCGAAGAGCAAGUUACCUACAUCGAUAUCCUUCUCCGGUCACAGAAGCCGUCACCACCCACCACGAUCGGCUCGAGAAGGGCUGCAGAAGCGUUCCGAGAUUCAGGACGUUCGCAAUUCGCAGGCAUAUUUACCUCCCCAAGCGUCUCGGACUUGGAGAGGCCCUCCACAACGCCCUCCGCUUACUACAUGCGCGCACAGACAUCGGAAUCCUCGACCGACGGCCGAAGCUGCAUCUCUGCCGACGACAGCGACGAAGAAGUCAUCCAUCUUCCCAGCGUGGGGAUCCCCCGCGUUCAAAUCCAAGCUGUUGACGAGAAUAACGCCACCUACAUGAUCGAGAACACGACGCCGAGGGACGCUUAUCGGCUAAUGAAUUGGUCUUACAACGCGCGCCGCAGUGUCUCCAGCAAAAGGAACCCGGUGCUAGAUGAAAACAAAGCACAGCAAUGCUCGGAACAUGAGCACCAGCUCCAGGGUACCCGGUCCGUGGAGUCUUAUUAG